UCAUAUUAUUAUAUAUAUUUGUAUUUGCAUAGAAUUAUAGAGUUUAUAUUUUCAGAUGAAUUUAAUAUGUUGUUGAGACAGUCUGUUCUGAGAGCGGGAGGAGGUGGAUUUAAAAACGCCGGAUUAUUAAAUGGCGGACUGUUCCAAAAUGGAGAAUAUUACCAAAAUGGCGGACAAAUCCAAAAUGGCAGACAAUUCCAAAAUGGUGGUGGACAGUACAACAGAAUAUUUCAUAAACAUCCUCUGACGCUGGGAUUUAGGAACAAAGAUAAUUAUCAGAGUAUUGCAGUGAAUAGGUUAACAAAUAUCCCGGUUAAAAACAUUCAAAGGACGUUAAACCUUCAGGGAUUGAAUCCAAAUGCGUUAUCUGCGAGAUCAAAAGGAACUCUACCGUCCAGAUUAGUUGAAAGUUCUCCCUCUGGUCUUCAACCAUACCUCAAGCUAGCAAGAUUAGAUAAACCAGUAGGGACAUGGUUGUUGUUUUGGCCUUGUGGUUGGAGUAUAGGGUUAGCAGGGGUACCUGGAGCUAUACCAGAUCUCUCUCUACUAGCAGUAUUUGGUGCUGGAGCUCUAGUAAUGAGGGGAGCAGGAUGUACAAUCAAUGAUAUGUGGGAUAGGAAUAUAGAUCAACAUGUUGAGAGAACACGGAACAGACCAAUCACAUCAGGACAGAUUUCCUUGUUUGACGCUCUUGUGUUUCUAAGUGCUCAGCUGGGAGUCGGACUCCUGAUCCUACUGGAGUUGAACUGGUACAGCGUGCUCCUGGGGGCCUCCAGUAUGGGGUUGGUUGUCAUGUAUCCUCUAAUGAAAAGGAUUACUCACUAUCCUCAACUAAUCCUGGGACUUGCCUUCAACUGGGGAGCUUUGUUGGGAUGGUCAGCAGCUCAGGGUGCCUGUAACUGGAGUGUAUGUCUCUCCUUGUACUCUGCUGGGAUCUGCUGGACAAUGAUAUAUGAUACAAUAUAUGCACAUCAGGAUAAAUACGACGAUAUUAUUAUCGGAAUGAGAUCUACAGCUAUCAAGUUCGGUGAGCAGACUCCUAUCUGUCUAUCAUGUUUCGCCACAAUGAUGGGAAUGAGUUUAGUUUACUCCGGGAUGUUGUGUCAGCAGUCCUGGCCGUACUAUACCUCCGUAGCAGCAGUUCUAGCUCAUAUCUCCCAUCAGAUCUAUACUCUAGAUAUUAACGACGGAGAGGAUUGUGCAAAGAAGUUCCUGAGUAACCGAUGGGUUGGAUUAAUCCUGUUUCUAGGUUGUAUCGGAGGAACCUACUGUAAGGAGGAGGAGGUGGAGCCUACAGAUGUUACAACUAUCCUCCAAGAUGCAACCAAAUCCAAUUUUCUUAUUUAGUCAACGUCUUAUUUUAGUCUUCUACAUUUACAGUAUCUAAUAUCCAUACAGGACAAAUUGUUUUCGUUUGAAUGUACAGUGUACAGUGUUCACUGGAAUGCACACUAGACAUUUACACUCGUACAUAAUGUGAUACAGCGAACAUAAUAAAUCACUAACACAGUAGUACGCAAGAUGAGCGAACACCAUACAUAUACUGCCUCAUAGCAUGCACAGUACACACCCUACACAAGACGUUUAUGAUGCGUCAUUGAACAGUGCGAACACUACGCAGUACCAAAACAGUACAUAAAAGGCACAGUUUACAUUUACACCGUAAUUCUUAAAAGUAUAAAAGUACAUAAAUAUUAUUGAAAAGCGUACACUCAACAAAUUAUCUAGUGUCCACUGUACACUGUACACAUAAUCACAGACUAAAAGUCAUUAAUUCAUGUUUUGUUUAUUGUUAAAGAUAUAUAAAAAUACUGAUUUGUAGUCCGGAGAUAUGCCUCAUGUCUCUUAUUUCUUAAUAAUCGAUUUAUGAUUAAAUAUAAAUAAAUUUUAUUUGAUUAA